AUGAGUAUUGGCAUAAUCAGGGCCAAAUGUGCACUUUCCAAUCCCAUGUCCAAUAAUGUUCCUGGUGCUAUGCCCAUACUACUUACACUUCAGAAUCACGAAAAUGAUAAAAAUUCGAAUGAACCUAAGCUAAGCGAAUCUAUUUUUAUUCCUUUUGUUAAUGAAAGAGACAGAAUGAAUAGGCUAUUCUAAGCAGAUAAAUACUCUACUCCUAGAAAAUAAAACAUAUAGUAAGUGCAGGAGACUGCAAACGAAAAAUGGAUAUAAAAUGAUCCUAUGAAGUUGAAGUUCCCACCCAAAAAACUCUCCCUAGAAGAUCGAAAUCUCAGUAAGUAUAGAAGUAGAUCGAAUGCUGAAUUGCGAAUGAAGGUCAUUUAGGCAACUACUGAAAGAUAACACCUAUUACUCUCUUAAGACCUGUCUAUCCAACCUUAAUUCGAGGAGUAUAAAAAAGCAGUCUAUGAGAAUAUCUUAAAUAGAAAGAAAUAAAUUCAUCAAUCUCCACAAUCAAUGGCCAAGAAUUAAAGUACUGAGAAUCUCUAGUUAUUUGCAGCAUCGGCACUUGAUAAAUUCAAAUAAUCAAGAUCCCCUUCCGUUAUUUUAGUCAAAAAAUAAAUCUAACAAACUACUACUAAACACAAGCACCUGCUGAAUUUUAAAUUACCUUCGCUUAUUUAGAAGGAGUACAUCAAAUAGUUUUUGGAUAACAACCAAAAAAUCAAAGAUUUAAUAUAGGAACAAAAUGAAGAAAAAUUUAAAUUUCCCACAGAUUUCGAACCUAAAAUAGUAGAAAUGAAAAAAUAAUUAAAAAAAAUGAAAAGCAGACUUAAAAAUUGGGAUACAGAUAGGUAAGUGACCGAUAAUAAAGGGUUUUUAAAAGAAAUUGCAACUGGCAUAUUAAAUAAAUGA